AUGACAGAAAGUGGGGACAAGCAUUGGAAAGUGAGUUGGUCCAUUCAGGCAGCCCACCCGCAAGAAAUGCAGGUGCUUCUUGGCUCAUGUCUCACAUGUGACUUUCAGACAGGGUGCUUAUCUGGUGUGGGCUUUUCUUCACUGCUGGACAAGGUAAAUCAAUUCUUAGGGAACACAAAAUUCAAGGCUAUCCUGUCCAGCCGGACUGCUUGCUGUGAGAGAGUGCAGGGCAGGGCAGAGUCAAAUGGUAAGAUUUCAGGGUUGGGUGCUGAGCUAGGGAAAUACAAGGACCGUAUCAAGGAGAUGAGAGAGCAUCCUGUCAAGGUUAAUGCCAUGACAUUGGGAGUAAAGACACUGAAGAAGGCACAGGCUAGUGAGGCUGACCAGAUUGAGGAUUUACAGGACCUAUUGGAGGAUAUGACAGAAGGUGCAAAAGGAACUCAACAGGUGCUAGGCAUGCCCAGCAUUAUAUAUGAAGAUGGGCUAGGAGCAGAGUUGAAUGCACAGGACGGGAAGCUUUUGACUGAUGAAGAAAGCUCUUACUUGUACAAAGCAGCAUCUGCUCCAGCAAUUCCAGCCAGUAUUUCUGUAGCAGCAAUUCCAGACAGCAUUUCUACUGACCAAGAGGCAAGGAUGGAGUGUGCUGAUGGAUGA